AAACCUGGCCAAGCUCGUUUUGAGGGACAAUAUAUUAACGUUUAUAUCAUAUACAAAUAUUAAUUUCAAAGUAGCUGUCACUAGGUAUUUAUGCGUUAUUGAGCUUACAAAUUUGAUAAAACGUAAAGGAAAAAAAUGUUUCUAUUCUUAUUAACUGCAAGAUAGUGCGUGGUGCGUGCGUUCGUCGAUAGGGUGCUUACCUGCGGGCCUGCGGUUUCUCUUUUGACUCGUGUGGAGAUCUCUCAUUGAAUUCGGGUGAAUCGCACACGAAGAAAGAUGCCCGCUGGACUCAGAAAUAUCUGCGCACCGUUCCUGAGGCGUACCCUUGGCCCCGCCUUAAAGAGGCACGCUUCCACCGAUGUGCGGACGGUCACGCUCAUUCCCGGAGACGGCAUUGGGCCGGAGAUCUCCGCCUCCGUCCAGGAGAUCUUUAAAACAGCAGGGGUCCCGAUCCAGUGGGAGGUCGUGGACGUCACUCCAGUCAAGGGUCCCGAUGGCAAGUUCGGCAUCCCGCAGAAGGCCAUAGACUCGGUUAACAAGAACAAGAUCGGCCUCAAGGGCCCCCUCAUGACCCCCAUCGGCAAGGGCCACCGAUCCCUCAACCUUGCACUUAGGCAGGCGUUCAAUCUGUAUGCCAAUGUGCGGCCGUGCCGUUCCAUCGAGGGCUACGAGACGCCGUACAAGGACGUGGAUGUGGUCACGAUCCGAGAGAACACGGAGGGAGAGUACAGCGGCAUUGAACACGAGAUUGUGACGGGAGUGGUUCAGAGCAUCAAGCUGAUCACAGAACCAGCGUCGAGGAACAUUGCCAACUAUGCGUUUGAGUAUGCCAAGGCAAACAACCGUAACAUGGUCACUGCUGUCCACAAGGCCAACAUCAUGCGGAUGUCGGAUGGCCUGUUUCUUCGCUGUUGCCGGGAUGCUGCAGAAAGGAAUCCUACCGUAAAGUACAACGAGAUGUACCUGGAUACGCUCUGCCUUAAUAUGGUUCAAGACCCGUCUAAAUUCGACGUACUGGUCAUGCCUAACCUCUACGGCGAUAUUCUCAGCGACCUGUGCGCCGGCCUUGUCGGCGGAUUGGGAGUCACGCCGAGCGGCAACAUUGGUUCCGACGGGGCCAUCUUUGAGUCGGUCCACGGUACAGCCCCGGACAUUGCCGGCCAGAACAAAGCCAACCCAACGGCGCUGCUUCUGAGCGGCAUUAUGAUGUUGCGCCACAUGAAGCUCAGCAACUUUGCCGACGUCAUUGAGGUCGCCUGCUUCGACACCCUGCGGGAAGGAAAGUACUUGACUGCCGAUUUGGGCGGCAAUGCCAGCUGUUCCGACUUCACGUCCGAAAUCUGCUCCAAGGUGGUUGCUGCGCAGAAUAAAUGAUUGAUCUAUUGAUUUAUUGAAGUGGCGAGAAACCUACCAUCUGAUUCUGCCUGUCAUUGAUGAUGCUUGUUUAGUUUGGAAGACGUUGCAACAACCAGAAAGUCCCCCAUUCUUUUCUUUCGUCAUUCUUUGUUGGUUAUUGCUGCUUUCUUCAAACACUUUCAACUAUCUUUUUUUUUUUUUUUUGUGAACUUUGCUGCUGUUUAUUGAUGCUCAUUGUGGUCAUCGCUCAAUUAGGUGGCCACUAAAAACAAAGUGAAGUGUUUUCUUGUCUUUCAAAUAAAUAAACGGAAAGGCCAAAACAUGUCUAACUUCCAGCUUAUCUAAAUCUAUGUAGCUGUUGCACGGCACUAGUCUUAGACGCCUAGAUUUCAAGCCAUUUAGUCGGAGAGGCAAAGUUCCUAUACAUGUUUUCACACCAAUUACCGUAAAAGCAUGUGUUUAAACAUUGUUAAUUUCUUUCUCGCUUGUUGUAUUAAAUUGUGAGCAGCACAAUAAAUGCACUGUUGCUAGUUAUACAAUUGUGUUACCCCGUAGAAUUUGUCUGCUAAAAUUACAUGGCUUAAACAUUAAUCUUUUGGUGCUUGGUGCCUGUACUUGGAGAUAACGUAUUAGCAAUUUCAUGGACUCGUUUCUAUUCUUUUUUUUUUUCACAC